AUGUUUCGUAACACCAGAUCUUUAAGUGGAACAUUUUCAACAAUUGUUAACUUUACAGUGAGUGAUUUUCUUCAUCGCUCCCAAAAAUUAUCAAUUUUGAAUAAAAUCAAACAUCAGCAAGAAAAUAAUCAAAAUGAAAAUAAUUUAAUUUUUCCUGUACAUCAUAAAUACAGAAAUAACAAUAAUUUGACGUUGCAAGAAAGAUUAGAAGAUAUUUAUGAUUUAGAUAUAGAUAAAAUUGGUUUCAAUUCAUAUAAAAUGGCAGUUGAUCUUAUUAAACCAUUAAAUGUAAUACCAAUACUGAAAGAAUAUCAUAUUCUUGAGUUAGAUUCCUUAAGUAAAUACACUUUUAGUCAACUCAAUGCAAAAUCAAAAAUGAUAGAUUCUUCAAUUAUAUCAACAACAUGUAGUAAAAGUAGCUUACACUCAGAAUUGGAUACAGAUGAUGAAGAGUACGAUGAAGAUGAUUAUUUAAAUAAUAACGAUGAAUUUAUUAGCAACAUUUAUGAGGACAGUCAAAGUCUGAACGAUUCAUUUGAUGAUGAUGAUGAAGAAGAAGAAAAUAUGAAUUCGAUAAAAACUGAUUUUGAUGGUAUAAAGAUUUUAGAUCAUAUAAAAAUGGAGCAAAAAGAUCGCUAUUUUAAAAUUAAAAUUAAUGAUAAGGUGAAGUACAUGCAUAAGCAAACAGCAUGUUGGAUAUUAACGAAUGACAAUGAAAAACUUUCAUCAGAUCGUUUAUCUCGUGUAAUACAAACAAACAAAAAGUAA